UUUUUUUUAUUUUUUUCAUUCUCUCCUCUUCUUGUACUUGUUUAUUUUUCAGUAGUACUUUUGUGUGAAAAGUUACCUUAUACCUUUCAUCACCUUGUCCCUUCCUUCAUUACAAAUUUAUAUAUUAUACUUUUUAUUAUAAAAUGGGUCAUUCUUCUGCAGAUCAUUCUAGGGAUCCUUGUCCUUGGGUUAUCUUGAACGAUUUAGGUGGUGCUUUUGUUAUGGGUGCUGUUGGUGGUGGUAUUUGGCAUUCAGUGAAAGGUGCAAAGAAUUCACCAAGAGGCGAACGUUUAACUGGAGCAGUAUCUGCAAUGAAAGCUAGAGCACCUGUAUUAGGUGGUAACUUUGCUGUAUGGGGUGGUUUAUUCUCAACUUUUGAUUGUGGUCUUAAAGGUAUUCGACAAAAGGAAGAUCCCUGGAAUUCUAUCAUGUCUGGAGCUUUGACUGGUGGUGUAUUAGCUGCUCGUGGUGGUGCUAAAGCUGCUACUAUUUCUGCUGUUGUUGGUGGUGGUUUAUUAGCUUUGAUUGAAGGUAUUGGAAUUGCUAUUUCUAGAUGGACUGCUGAACAAAAUAGACCUGUCAUGCCUCAAAUGUAAAUGUCAUCUUUACUGUAUAUUCUUUCUCUCUCUCACACACACACUCCACUCCCUCUUUUGUCCUUCUCUUAUCCUUUUUGUCAUAAUUUUACAUAGAAUCUUUUUAUUACAAACAAAAAAAACCUCUCUCUUGUUUUGAAUUAUAUAUACUUUUUUUCUUAUAUUCAUCAAUAAAGGAAACAUUUGAUCUGUCUCUUUCAA